AUGGAAAUAAAAGAAAGUGACAUAGCGGAUGAUACAUCUGUAUAUUCUAUUCAAAAUAAUGUUAAAAUAAAUGUAGAAAAUGAAAAGUCUACCGUUCUUAAUGAUCCAUUGUAUGAAUUAAUUGAAAAACAAGCUAAAGAAUUUAAAGUAUUGGGCAAACAAAUGAGUUUAGACUUGCGCGAUAUCUAUAAAGAGCAUUUAAAUCAAGAUGAGGAGGUUAUUAAGUUGGAAAAGGAAUCUAAAAGCGAUUAUGAAUCUAAAGAACAAAUUAUUGUUCAAGAACAAUUAAUUGAUUCAUUAAGAGCACGUAUAGAAGAAUUGGAAACCGAUUCUAUGAUUAAAAAUCAAGAUAUUAAAAAACUUCGACAAGACUUUGUAGAUUUCAAAAAAGAAUUUCAAUUCAUCCUCGAUAAACAGCCAGUACAAGCUCAAAGUAUUAAGGAUAGCGUUCCUUCAAUUAAUAAUUUAGAAAUAGUUAACCAAAUUGAUGGAUCGCUGACAGCGGCUAUUGGUUCUUGUGCUAUCUCUUCUCAUACGGAAAUAUUAAAAAAUGAAGGGAAGGAAAAAUCUAAUAAUAAGAAAUCACUAAAUGUAUUACACUCUGAUCAUGGUGUAUAUUCUUUUAAUCAUGAAAACUUGGAUGAGCCUUCAUCAUCUUACCAUCAAUAUGACGAAAAGCCUGUUGAACCUUCAACACUUUACCAUCAAUAUGACGAAGAACCUGUUGAACCUCCAACUGUUUACCGUCAAUAUGACGAACCUGUUGAACCUUCAACAUUUUACCAUCAAUAUGACGAAGAACCUGUUGAACCUUCAACAUUUUACCAUCAAUAUCAAUAUGAACCUGUUGAACCUUCAACAUUUUACCAUCAAUAUGACGAAGAACCUGUUAAACCUUCAAUAGAUUACCAUCAACAUGAUAAAGAGCCUGUUAAACGUCAAUAUGAACCUGUUGAACCUUCAACAACUUACCAAAGAUAUGAUUUUGGUAGAUAUUUUGAUAAAUAUAACAAGACAGAAUCUUCAGUAUCACAACAAUAUAAUAAUGAAGAAAACUACUUUGAUGAUAAUCACAGUGAUAAAUUUACAUUUAAACCCAAAUUGUCCUCUGGAAUCGCUCAAUUUGCUUCAACUAGUUUUCAACCAAAAAAAAAUGAAACAAAAAGUCAGCAAAAAUCGAAACAAACACAAGUAUUAACUAAUAAUAGUAAAGUUCAUGCAAAAGUUAUGGAAACUAUUGAGAAAUUUAAAAAUAAAAAGCUCUUAGAUACAACAUUCAACGAUUUAAUGUUUGAAUUUCCUACUAAACGUCUAUUGAAAUAUGAAAAAUCAAAAGAAUUUGAAUCUUUAAGUAAGAAUCAAAAAAGAUGCAUUAAAUUUACUGUUAAUGAAAUGUUAAGAAAGGAAUUAUCUCAAGAAGAAAAGAAGUUAUCAUUACCUGUUAAAGUUUAUACGGCGAGAGGAGUACUUCCUGGUUUGCCAGAUGGUAUUAAAAGUUAUACCGAAUUUCAGAAUACUGAUAAAUAUAGAUUGUUAUCUGAUGUGAAAAAGAAGAGAAUUAAUAAAGUGGCUUUGGUAGAACAACGACACUAA